AUGUCGGUCGGAAACCUGCUGCCAUAGAUCGAAUCGAUUGGUAUGUCCAAUAUCCUAAUGGAAUACGACGUGAGAUUAAACGAACAAAACUAGCUGAGAGUAUAACAACUAGUCCACAAGGUGAAUGGAUUUACUUUGAUCGAUUGUCGGUUAAACCACAAGGCGUAAAUGUAUUUUGUGUUGUCCGCCUCGAAGAUAUUCAAAAAGCUACACAAGCAUAUUAUUCAUCACCACAAGUUAGUCUUUGGUUACGUGAACCAAAAUUGUUAGUCUAUAUUGAUGGGGAAGAUCGACCUGGUAUUGUCUCUGGUGCUGAAACACAAACACUAAAGAUUAAGUGUAUUGUGAAAG